AUGGCGCACCCCCUCCUCCAUCCUGGCGAGCCUGUCAAUGGUGAGCGACGACUUGUCAAGACCGCUGUGGACAAGCCGGCAGAGGUGUUGCUUGCUGGUGGGCGAGUAAGAAACCAGAACACGAAACAGACGGACGAGAGCUGGUCGGCAGCUUUGCCCUUGAACACGCGCUAUGGUAACACCGAUUGCAGAAGCACAACAUCUGUCGCCAGUUGUGGUAAGCCUGAACCCGAUGCAUUGUACUCUCUUACACGGAAUCAUGCGACUUGGAGUUCUGGUCUAGAUUAUGAAUGUCUCGAAACGUGA